AUGGGAUCUUCAUCUCUUGUGGAACAGCUGAGUACUCCCCUAACCAAGAAAAAGUGUCAAGAUGAAGAGGCCAAAGAAUUACAAUACCAAACAAGAGCAAAAGAAUGCGAAGUUGAUGAGCAAUUCUAUGUUCCGGUUGGCAAUAUUGAACUACCUCCAGCAGACAGAAUGAUCAGGAAAGUGGAUGAAAUAUUUUUGGCCCAAUUAAAGGCAAAUAUGGAAAGUAACCCCAAUGGCUCAUAUGAACCUCUUUACUUGUUGGUAAAAGGUCUGAACAGAAAGGAGAACUUUUCAAAAUCAGAUGUCAGCAGCUAUCAGUAUGAGGUACUUGGUGGUACGCAUAACUUGUUGGCAACAAAGCAACUUUUAGAGAAGCACCCUGAUAGUGAAGAGUAUAAGGGAAGAUAUGCAAGAAUAUUUGUUGGGUUAACAAAUUUUUAAGCUUUAUGGCUGGCGUCAAGGCAUAAUAAGACUGGGUGUUUCCGUCAUUAAAUGACAUUCAAAGAUGAGGUGGAAGUUGCUCACAGGCAGUUGGAGAUCAUUGGUAAAAA